GAGCUGGAUGAUCCGUUUGAUGCACCCUUUCUUCAUGAAGAUGACGAUUCUGACUCAGAUUUUAUCUCCGGGGUCGGUUCAGAUUUGCAUAGAAAGGUUCCUGAACGGUUACCGGCUGCAAAGCCGCUGUCAUCUUUUGAUAGAAGACGAUCAGUGCAGUCCCCCUUACCUGAAAUAGUAAACAUGCGCAGACGAAAGAGAUUACCGGGUCCCGCAGGUAUGCUACCACAGUCUGGGAGGAUGGAGUUCAAAUUGGAUCUACCACGUGGAUCUCGUCACAAAAAGCCCAAUGUUGGAUCAGUCCAAUGUGAUCCCCCGUCUCACUCAUUGUCUCAGUCUAUUGCAAGUGACACAGAAGAAUCAGAACUUAUGAAUCGCAUUCAACACGACUGCGGCCCCGUCAUAUGGCCUCUUGUUGAGAGGUAUUCCAUUGCCAAUGUGCUCCAACAGGUAUUCGGAUUGCCUGCCAAAAUCAAUGGUUCUUAG